UUGAAUUGCGUGGUAAUUCAGCAAUCAGGAGCAGGUGCAUCCUCUGAUCGAUAUCUAGUUCACUUUAAAGCCAAGUAUUCAAAUUUGAUAGGAAACUUUUUUUUUUGCAAAAAAUUUUGGAAAUAAAAUAAAAUUUCAAUUGAUGUAACUUGAGUUUAAUUUCGAAUACUGGAAUGAUUAAUUUUUUUUUAAUUCGGGUUACAAGUUUUUGGGAAAAAUUCUUAAGGUCAGAUGGUAUGGAUAUUUUGAAAGCUAGUGUUUCAAGCUUUCGAAUGAGAGGUCGCACAAUUUUUUCCGAUAAUUUUCCUAGAAGUUAUGACGAUUUUUUUACAACUCGCGGUUUUUUCAAAAAAUUCCGCGGAUGAUUAAUUGACGUUUAAUAAAUAUACUAAAGUUUUUUAUAAUAUUUUGGACUGGACUAGUAAAAAGUAGACGCUCGAAGCUUUAAAACGAGAGGUCGCACAAUUUUUUCCGAUAAUUUUCCUAGAAGUUAUGACGAUUUUUUUACAACUCGCGGUUUUUUCAAAAAAUUCCGCGAAUGUUUAAUUAACGUUAAAUAAAUAUAUGAAAAUUAUUCAAAAUUUUUUUGACUCCACUCGUAAAAAGUAGACACUCGAAGCUUCAAAAUGAGGGGUUGCACAUUUUUUUCCGAUAAUUUUCCCAGAAGUUAUGACGAUUUUUUUACAACUCGCGGUUUUUUCAAAAAAUUCCGCGGAUGUUUAAUUAACGUUUAAUAAAUAUAAAAAAAUUUCUCAAAAUUUUUUGGACUUGACUAGUAAAAACUAGACACUCAAGGCUUCAAAAUGAGGGGUUGCACAAUUUUUUCCAAUAAUUUUCCUAGAAGUUAUGACGAUUUUUUUACAACUCGCGGUUUUUUCAAAAAAUUCCGCAGAUGUUUAAUUGACGUUUAAUAAAUACACAAAAAUUUUUUAAAAUUUUUUGGACUCGACUAGUAAAAAGUAGACACUCGAAGCUUUAAAAUGAGCGGUCGCACAAUUUUUCCCGAUGAUUCUCCUAGAAGUUAUGACGACUUUUUUAAAACUCGCGGUUUUUUCAAAAAAUUCCGCGGAUGUUUAAUUAAUGUUUAAUACAUAUAUGAAAAUUAUUCAAAAUUUUUUUGACUCCACUCGUGAAAAGUAGACACUCGAAGCUUUAAAAUGUGGGGUCGCAGAAUUAUUUCUGAUAAUUUUCCCAGAAGUUAUAACAACUUUUUUAAAACUCGCAGUUUUUUCAAAAAAUUCCGCGGAUGUUUAAUCAACGAUUAAUAAAUAUUCAAAAAUUUUUUUAAAUUUUUUUGACUCCACUUGUUACAAGUAGACACUCGAAGCUUCAAAACGAGGGGUUGCACAAUUUUUUCCGAUAAUUUUCCCAAAAGUUAUGACAACUUUUUUAAAACUCGCGGUUUUUUCAAAAAAUUCCGCGGAUGUUUAAUUGACGUUUAUUAAAUACACAAAAAUUAAAAAAAUUUUUUUUGACUUGACUACUAAAAAGUAGAGACUCGGAGCUUUGAAACGAAAUUUUUUUCAUUGUCAUAUGAUGAUUUUUCAGGAAGAUAUUUAUACUUAUAUAUAAAUAUAUCAGUGGUUUAACAGGAUAAAUGAUUUUAAUAUUUUUUCGCAUCUGGAAAGUAGAGAUAAGCUUGUAAAUAAAUUGAAAAGUUCACUGAUUUGGAAGUAAUUAUUUUGAACAUACAGUACAGUACACUAUUUACGGGUACUUUGGUCUGUAAGCUGAUGGGGGUGGAAGGAUGCGCAGAAGUGGGAAUGAUAUAUUUGAAUUUAACUGAAGGAAGUGAAGGCGGAUCUGGUAUAAAGGAUGCCGCGGACAUGGACUUGUUCAGUUUCAAUAAAAGUUUAAGACCGCGUUGUUUUAUUUAUUUUACAUGGGAUAAAAAUAUUAAUAGGGAACAAGUCGAUCAUGACCAUGGUCAUGAUGAUGAUUUGAUAAAAAUUAAAACUGUGGAUUGUUCGAGUGACAACAUGGAGAUGAUUAAAUUAAAGCUCAUGUUAGUGACUGUUGUGUAUCUGAGCCUGUUUUUGGAUAACGUUCUUUUGACUGUUGUUGUGCCCAUAAUACCCGACUACUUAUGCAGUAUCGGCGAGAACUCAACGGACGAAAAUGGCCGAGUCGGCCUGCUCCUCAGUUCAAAAGCCCUAGUCCAGCUACUUCUGAAUCCGUUAGUCGGCAGCCUGACAUUCACCGUCGGCUAUUUCAAGCCUCUUUUCAUCGGCAACCUCUGCCUACUUCUAGCCGCCCUACUUUUCGCAUUCGGGCGGUCCUACGAGUUUCUAUUCCUGGCCCGAAGCAUCCAAGGAGUCUCAUCAGCCUGCAUCGGAGUCUCCGGAAUGUCUAUGGUGGCUGCCCAAUAUUCCGACGAAGAAGAGCGAUCGCGAAUAAUGGGGUUCGUUUUGGGCGCCAUUGCUCUAGGGGUCUUAGUUGGUUACCCAAUCGGAUCAAUUCUCUACGACAUCGAAGGCAAGAUGGCGCCUUUCCUACUCAUUUCUUCCCUAAUUUUAAUACCUCUCAGCUUCCAGAUUUUCCUCUGGGACGUGGAGACGGUUCCCAAAGACGUCAUCAAGUCAGAAAAUUCGACUAGUUGGACAAAACUUCUGUUUCAAGGCAAAAUAUUGAUCAUAGCGGGCGCCAUUUUGGCUUCUACUUCACCGAUGGCCAUUUUGGAACCCUGUCUACCGAUUUGGUUGCGGUCAAACAUAAAACCCGAGAAAUGGCAAUUGGGAAUGGUCUUCAUUCCAGACAGUAUUGGAUAUUUAUUGGGCACAAAUUGCUUUGGGAUGACGGCCUAUCGGUAUGGAAGAUGCAAGACCGCAGUGGUCGCGAUGACUCUUAUCGGCGUUAGUGUAAUUUUGUUACCGACUGCUACGACAAUGGGACAGUUGGUAAUACCGCAUCUGGGAAUGGGGUUGGGUAUCGGUAUUGCAGAUGCUGCGUUGGUGCCGCUUCUCGCGAGCUUUGUCGACCAGGACGGAAAUUACGGGCCGGUCUACUCUGUCCAGCAGGUCGCUGUCAGCCUCGCUUACUCUCUGGGUCCAAUAGUCGGCAGUGAAUUAGUUCGUAUGAUCGGGUUUCAAUGGGUCAUGAGAAUAGUUGGUCUUAUAAAUCUAGCUUAUUGUCCGCUGCUUAUCUACCUCGCAAUAACAACUAAAAAAUAUUUAUUGAGCCAAGACGUCAAAGAUUACGAUUCUAUUGUUAAAACUGAUUUACAGUACAAAAGAUUCCAAGACGACGACGAUCUUUAAUUUCAUUAUUUUAUAAUUUUAAAUAUUAAU